UAAGUACUUAGUGCAUAUAAGUUGUGAUUUAACGUGAGCGGAUUCGCCCGGAAUCACAAUGGUCUUGUUUCAACGUGAGUGGCAUAGCCGUCCGGAUUCAAGACUUGCUUUAACGUGAGUGGUUCUGUCGCCCGGAAGCUUGCACUGAGUAAGUAGAAAUAAAAAGGGACUAAUCAACUACACCAAAAUAGUUGGUACAGAUGAAUAGGCUCUCUCGUAGUGUGUUAGGUCCACCUCGAAUUCUCUACGACAGCUGAUAGUAGAUGUUCCCUGGCAAAGAGGAUUCUUGAGUCUUCGAUGCCUUUUUUACUGAUCGAGCAUGGUCCAGGCGGGCCCUAUCAAGCUUUUUGUCAGCUGAUAGACACAUUCCGCCUUGUGAGAUGGCCUAAUGGCCUUUCCGCCUUUUCAGAUAGCCUGUCCGCCAACGAAGAUAGCAUUUUUGUCAUGCCAUUUUUGACAUUAUGUUUUGGAGGAGGCCAUUUCUGACAAUUUUAUUGCUCAGGGGGCUGAAUGGGCAAAAAAAUCUUCCCUCCCAUCCCCGGUGCUGAUGCUGCCAUGCUGCUCCGGUCCCACGGCCGGUAACUCCGCGAGCGUCACAUCGCCUCAACCUCAACCACUCAGGAGCAGGGCAGGACAAUGGCGCCGCUCCAAAGUCCAAAAGCGCCCGUGUCCUCCUAGUGUCCAAAAAUUCCACGAGAAACAACGCAAGGCAAAAAGCUGCCGCGUCCAACCUACCUCGACGCCCGCCAAAAAAUCCUGCAGAGCCCACUGCUGAGUGCUGACACGACGGUGGAAAAGCACAUGUCAACCGGUCGCCUCCUACGUAGAUCCGCGCUGUCUAGUUCAUCUGAGUAUCUGACACUGCCUUGACCAACAACAGCAGCAGUGCAUAGUUCCCAGUCUAACUCGUUCGGCGGCCACUCACUCACUCACUCUCCCCCCUCCUGUUUGCACUCGCACAGUAUCACUGCUGCAAUUCGCUGGCCAGGCCGGCGUUGCAUCCCUCCAUGGCAACCGCCGCCGCCUACUGCCUACCCCUCUUCUUGCUCCUCCUACCGCCUCUGAUCAUCGCCGCACCCUCGGCGGCAGCGGCAGGACCAGAGCUGCAGCCACAGCCACAGGACCUCCUGCUGAGCUUCAAGGCCGCCCUGCGAGACCCAUCCGGCGCCCUCGCCUCCUGGUCCCUCUCCACGCCCUACUGCAACUGGCCACACAUCACCUGCACGGCCUCCUCUUCCUCUUCCUCCGUCGUCUCCAUCGCCGUUUCUCUUCAAGGUUUAGGCCUCUCGGGCGACAUCGACGCCGCCUCGCUCUGCCGCGUGCCGGGCCUGUCCCACCUCAGCCUCGCCUCCAACGCCUUCAACACGACCGUCCCGCUGCAGCUCUCGCGCUGCGCCUCGCUCGUCUCCCUCAACCUCAGCUCCGCCGCCUUCUGGGGCCCGCUGCCGGAGCAGCUCGCGGCGGGGCUCCCCCCCUCGCUGGCCUCGCUCGACCUCAGCGGCAACGACAUCGAGGGCCCCGUGCCUCCGGGCCUCGCCGCGCUCGGGGCCGCCCUCCAGGUGCUCGACCUGGGCCGCAACCGCCUCUCCGGGGUGCUCCACCCGGCUCUGUUCCGCAACCUGACAGGCCUUCACUACCUCGACCUGUCCGGGAACCAGUUCCUGGAGUCCCCGCUGCCGCCGGAGCUCGGGAAGAUGGGGAACCUCAGGUGGCUCUUCUUGCAGGGGUCGGGAUUUACCGGCGCGAUCCCCGAGACUUUCCUUGCGUUGGAGCAGCUGGAGGCACUCGAUUUGUCCAUGAACGGCUUGACCGGAGCGAUUCCUCGGGGAUUCGGCCGCAAGUUCCAGAAGCUGCUUUCUCUGGAUUUGUCCCGGAAUGGCUUCUCUGGCCCGUUCCCGGACGGGGUCGAGAAGUGCGUGAUGCUGCAGAGGUUCCAGGUGCAUGACAACGCGUUCACCGGCGAGCUCCCCGCCGGCCUGUGGUCGCUGCCGGAUUUGCAGGUCAUCCGCGCCGAGAACAACCGGUUCUCUGGCCGGUUGCCCGAGUUCCCCGGUGAGGUGUCUCGGCUCGAGCAGGUUCAGGUUGACAACAACAGCUUCUCCGGUGGGCUGCCUCUGACCAUCGGCAUGAUCCGCACCAUGUACCGGUUUUCCGCAUCUCUGAACAAGCUAAGCGGCGUAUUGCCCGACAACCUCUGUGACUCGCCGGUGAUGAGCAUUAUCAAUAUCUCCCACAAUGCGCUCUCCGGUUCGAUCCCAGAGUUCAGGAACUGCAAGAGGCUGGUGUCGCUCCAUCUGUCCAGCAACGGCCUCACCGGGCCGAUACCGACAUCUCUGGGGGCCUUGCCGGUGCUGACGUACAUUGACCUGUCCAGCAAUGGCCUCACCGGUGCCAUUCCAGCAAAUCUCCAGAACCUGAAGCUUGCAUUGCUCAAUGUCUCGUACAACCGGCUCUCUGGCCCUGUGCCGCAAGAGCUGAUCUCCGGUCUUCCUGCCGUGUUUCUCCAAGGGAACCCUGGGCUAUGCGGUCCCGGAUUGUCAAACAAUUGCGUUGUGCCAUUGAGAAAGCAUCGGUGGCUAGCAUUGGCUGCAACCGUGGCAUCAUUCAUCACUGGAGCAAUGCUGCUGGCUAUAGGAGCUUUUGCAGUCUAUAGGAGGUUAUAUGGCAAAAGGCCCUCCCCAUGGAAACUGGUGCUCUUUCAGCCGAUCAAGAUAACCGGAGAGGAAUUGUUCUCCGCGUUCCACGACAAGAAUGUGAUUGGUAGGGGGGCAUUUGGAAAUGUCUAUCUGAUCGUGCUACAAGAUGGGCAAAAAGUUGCAGUGAAACGGCUGGUCUGUUCAGACAAGCUAACAUUCAGACAAGUAAAGAGUGAGAUGAAUGUCUUGGCAAAAAUCCGGCACAAGAAUAUUGCCAAGAUAACAGGCUUCUGCUACUCGGAAGGAGAGGUCAGCGUCAUUUAUGAAUACUUUCAGAAAGGAAGCUUACAAGAUAUGAUUUACGCACCGAAAUUCACGUUGGGGUGGAAAGACAGGCUAAAGAUUGCGCUGGGAGUAGCUCAGGGAUUGGUGUACCUUCACCAUGAUUAUACCCCUCGCGUGCUGCAUCGUGAUCUGAAGUCGAGCAAUGUGCUACUUGCCAAUGAAUUUGAAAUUGAACCCAGGGUUGCAGGAUUUGGGAUUCCUUGUUUCGUUGGGGAAAAGGUCUACCGGUCUUCCUUGUAUUCGGACGUGAAUCAAAAGUGCUAUAUCGCGCCAGAGGAAAACUUCACCAAGAACCCAACAAACCUCAUGGAUGUCUACAGCUUUGGGGUCAUUCUUCUGGAGCUGGUCACCGGGAGGCCUGCGGAGCAGCUGGCAUCCAAGGACUCUUCAGACAUUGUCAGGUGGGUGCGGAGGCGGAUCAACUUGGUGGACGGCGCAUCGCAGAUACUGGACCCCAACAUAUCCCAUACGGCUCAACAGGGGAUGCAGGCAGCCCUGGAGCUAGCGGUGCGCUGCACGUCGGUGAAGCCUGACCAGAGACCGGAUAUCACUGAAGUUUUCCGGUUGCUGCAGGCGUUGUAUUUCAGCGCCACCAUGCCCUGAAAGUUGUUACGGAAUCUUGACUGGAGAAGAACUGCGGCGUUCAGUUCUUGGGUUGUCAUCUUCAGAGUUCAGACUAUGCGUUUCGUGGAUGUUGUACAUAUUGUAGGAUUACGAUAAUAUUAGCAGAAUAAAGAAAUAAGACACCAGUCGAUCUGUAUGUUUACUAGGCGUACCUCUCACCGUACUAUAUUUAGCAAGGUUGUAGGCAACAAGAGUAACAGUGCAGAAGUUUUAAUUACACGCUUGUCAUGCAUUCACAAUUUCACAUAUACUUCAUAUGAUUGUAUUGCUACUAUAUUUA